AUUGAGCUAGUGCACGAAGAAGCUGGCACGAAGGGCUGGAUCAGGAGAGCGGAAGGGCCGGAAACCGAGAGUCGGGCCGCGGAAAUCCGAGGGCGAAUCGUGAUCAUGUCGCUGGCUGUCGGCAAAAUUGUCAGGAGGCUGGACAAACGCAUUUUUUCGGUCGCACGUCCUGCUAAAACACCGUAUUCGAUAACCAAUAGACAGUAUUGCAAAACUGAGAAGGCCGAUGGAAAAAACCCGCAUUUCAAAGAAGCAGGCCCCUCCUCUCCAUUCAACCACAAAGUUUCUGAAUGGGAUAAGAAACUGUUGGUGUGGUCAGGCCGCUUCAAGAAAGGAGAAGAUAUACCUCAGGACAUCUCGGCAAAGACGAUGAGUGCAUCAAGGAGCAAGCUUCGUGUGAAGGUAGCCUACUUCGGAAUGGCUAUCCUGCUUGUGGGUUUUGUAUCUGCAGUUUUGAUAGGAAAACAGCCCUGUAUGGCUUGGGUCCCAGUUGAGGAACUGCUUUACCCCAAUGAAUUCAGCCCGCCCCAUCCAUGCCAGCAGAGGGCAUGCUAUGAAUCCUGUCAGCCAAAGAAUUCCAACAGGUGGGAUCCUGAAGACACUGCUCUGCUGUGGCCCCUUCCAUUUGGAACUUCAUACCCCCCCAGGACGUUCAAAAAUAUAGAUCACUACGGUAUAUGAACCCAAGUGUUGAGCAGAUAGAAGAGGCUGCUGAAAGUGCUUCUGCCAAGCCAUGAUCAAAAAGUUGGUUAGAACUGUUGGUGUGCAAAGCUGGUUUUCAUCAUGAAUUGGAAGAGCAACUUGAGAAACAUUUACUUCAUUUUUUCACAUUUCAAAAAGAGAAUUUAUAGUUCAAUGAUACUUCUAAAAUUUUCAUCCUUUCUCAUGGAAAGACUCCCAUUUCUGACUAAAACAAAAGCAUCCUUUGUUUUUGAAAAGCUGAAUCUCUGUAUUAGAAUGUUUCUUUAAAUCCUGGAUGCUGGAUAUGUAUUAAAAAUCUAUGUAACCUGUAAAAUACAUCCUGCUCUAACAAUAAAAGGAUCUAUCCAGGAUACUGAAUUCAUCUGAACUGGGUAACAUAUGCAUGAACGAUAAAAUAAUUCAUACUUAUUCCCACUUAUCUGAUUUUAAAUGUAAAUUUAAAGAAGCAGUAAAUGGUACUUACCUUGUUACUAUA